CAUUGGAAGAACAUGGUUCAGCAUCACAAUGAGGAAAUGAAAGUUAAAGAAUCUCACAGUUGGUGGAGAGAAAAAAAAAGAAAGAAAGCCGGCUUCUUCAGACCUUUUAACACACCUGCACCAGUCUUAUACACACACAGACAUGUCUUCUGCCAGCAAUCUGUUAUCUGAAGAUCAGUUUCUGUGCUCCAUCUGUCUGGAUGUGUUCACUCAUCCAGUCACCAUACCAUGUGGACACAACUUCUGCAAGAACUGCAUCACACAACACUGGAAUAUUAAUUCACACUGUCAGUGUCCCAUGUGUAAAGAUGUCUUUGACAGAAGGCCUGAACUACGAGUCAAUACAUUCAUAUCUGAGAUGGCUGAUCAGUUCAGACGGUCAGCUGUAAAGAAAAGCAGCAGCUGCUCAGACCAACAAUGGACCAACACAGGAGAUGUUCUCUGUGACGUCUGCACUGAAACCAAACUGAAGGCUGUGAAGUCCUGUCUGGUGUGUCUGACCUCCUACUGUGAGACUCACCUGGAGCCUCAUCAGAGAAUCUCAGGACUGAAAAGACACAAGCUGAUUGAUCCUGUGAAGAACCUGGAAGACAGAAUGUGUAAGAAGCAUGAUCGACCUCUGGAGCUGUUCUGCAGGACUGAUCAGAUGUGUGUGUGUCAGUUCUGCACUGAGACAGACCACAGGUCACAUGUCUAUGUUCAUCUGAUAGAAGAAUAUGAAGGGAAGAAGGCUGAUCUGGGGAAAACAGAGGCUGAAGUUCAGAAGAUGAUCCAGGAGAGACGACUGAAGAUUCAGCAGAUUAAGGAUUCAGUGAAGCUCAGUAAUGAAAAAGCAGACAGAGAGACAGCAGACAGUGUGCAGGUCUUCUCUGCUCUGAUCCAGUCUGUUGAGAGAAGUCUUGCUCUGCUCAUUGAGAUGAUUGAAGAGAACCAGAAAAGAACAGAGAAACAGGCUGAAGGGUUCAUCAAAGAACUGGAAGACGAAAUCUCUGAGCUGAUGAAGAGAAGUGCUGAAGUGGAGCAGCUCUCACACACUGAAGACCACCUCCAGUUCCUCCAAAGCUUCUCCUCCCUGAGCCCUUCUCCACCCACCAAAGACUUGACAGAGGUUAGAGUCCAUUCAUCAUUUGUGAUGACUGUGAGGAGAGCUGUGGCUCAGCUAGAGGAGACACUUAGUAAAGAGAUGCAGGAUAUGUGUGCUGAUGUUGAGCUGAAGAGGGUCCAACAGUUUGCAGUGGAUGUUACUCUUGAUCCUGAUACUGCACAUGCAGCUCUCAUCCUGUCUGAUGAUGGGAAACAAGUCACAUGUGGUGAUGUGAAGAAGAAUCUCCCAGAUAAUCCAGAAAGAUUUAACUGUUGUUGCUGUGUUUUAGGAAAGCAAAGUUUUUCUUCAGGCAGAUUUUACUAUGAAGUUCAGGUUAAAGGGAAGACAGAGUGGGAUUUAGGAGUGGCUAGAAAGUCGAUCAACAGGAAGGGACAAAUCAAAGGUAUCCCAAACAAUGGUCUCUGGGUCAUUACUUUGAGAAAUGAAAAUGAAUACAGAGGUCUUUCUGACCCUUUCGUCAAUCUCUCUCUGAAGUCAAAGCCUCAGAAGGUGGGGUUGUUUGUGGAUUAUGAGGAGGGGCUGGUCUCCUUUUAUGAUGUAGAUGAUGCAACGCUUAUCUACUCCUUUACUGGCUGUAAGUUUACUGAGAAACUCUAUCCAUACUUAAAUACUGGUAUAAAUAAUCGUGGUAAAAACUCAGCCCCUCUGAUCAUCUCUCCUGUCAGUCACACUGAUUAAACUUGUGCUGGGUUAGGGGCGAUUCUAGGAUCAGAACUUUAGGGGGGCUCAGCUCCCAAUGAGAAUUUGACAUUCAGUGUUCGAAUGUUUCCCACAGAAUGUUGAGAGACUAUGGUGGGUGGACCUCAAUCCAACCCUCUAGGGGGGGUCCAGGGGGAUGUUCCACCAGAAGAACAUUUUUGUACAUUCAAAGUCAAAUGCAUCGUUCUGGUGCACUCUGAGAGCAAAAUUUAGAGGUUAUAAAUAUAAAAAAUGUUGUCCUUUAAACACAUAUUGGACUAUUUAAACCAAGCAUAUCUAUCUAAAUUACUAAACUGUCUUGCUUAGCAAUAAAAGACUUGACUUCCAGAUGAUUUAGAAGUGGAUCAGGAUCAGAG